UGUUAACUUGAGAGUGGGUAACGUAACGCUCAACAUGAAGACAUUCAUCGGGGUGGUGUUGGCUCUUUGUAGCCUAAGUCAUUCGGUGCACACUGAAAAAGUAAUCAACUGCUACUGGGGGACUUGGGCCAAUUACAGGCAAGGGGAUGGAAAGUUUACUUACACCAAUGUGGACGCCAGCCUUUGCACUCAUCUCAGCUACUGUUUCUUCGGCAUUGAUGACACUGGCGAAUUUAAAUCGCUCGAUAACUGGCUGGACUUAGAUAGUGGCUUAGGCUUUAUUAAAAAGACUAUAGCGCUGAAGCAGCAACAUCCGAAUCUGAAGGUCAUGGCGGUGGUGGGCGGCUGGAACGAAGGCUCUGUCAAGUACUCCUCAAUGGCUGCCGAUCCCGGCAAGCGUUCGAAGUUCAUAUCCUCAUCCCUGGCUUUUAUCAAGCAAUACGGCUUCGAUGGCCUCGAUCUUGACUGGGAGUAUCCAGGCCAGAGGGGUGGCAACGUGGCGGAUCGCGCAAAUUUUGUGAUACUAUUGCGUAUGCUUAAGGAAGUUUUUGAUCAGCACAAACUCACGCUCAGCAUUGCUGUCGGUGCUUCAGACGAUACUGCUCGCGCUUCGUACGACAUUUCAGCCAUUGCAAAUGAAGUAUCGUUUAUAAACCUUAUGACGUAUGACUUUCACAUGGCAUCCGAUGGGUAUUUGGGAUUAAAUGCUCCGCUGCAAGACAUGGAAAAAGCUGUAAGGCUGUGGUUGAAGCAAGGCGCACCUGCCAAUAAGCUAUUGUUGGGAAUGCCCUUCUAUGGUCACAGCUACCAAUUAAAGGAUAAUGCUAAGAAUCGUCCCAACGACGGUUCCAGUGGCCCUGGCAGUCCUGGUAUUUACACGGGUUCGAGUGGGUUCUUGGGCUACAAUGAGAUUUGUCUUAACAAAUGGAAAACAUUAUUUGACACACAGUCGAGCUCCCCGUUCGCCUUUCAAGAGAAUCAAUGGGUGGGCUUUGACAAUCCUUAUAGCAUUAAACUCAAGAUGGACCUUGUCAACUCAUAUAACUUGGCCGGGGCUAUGACCUGGUCGAUCGAAACAGAUGAUUUUCUCGGACGCUGUGGCGAGUGCUAUCCGCUGCUGAAGGCUAUGAACCGUGCUGUUGGGCGCGAGGUAGGCCAAUUAUGCAUGAACACAGACUAUUAUCACUAUGAUAUUAUCAGGAAAUAAAUUUCAUAUGUAAA